AUGAAUAUUGCAGUGAACAAUGCGGAAGAAAAAGCUGUCCAUUCCUGGUCGAGAAUUUCCUCCGCGGGCCAGAAAGUGCUGGAGGAAGCCCUCCGAGUCUUCAACCCGAUGUCCAAGGACCUUUCGGACACAGAGACCCAGCUGGUGGCCUUUCUCCAGGGUCUGAAGGAGGAGGGCUACCAGCCCACAAUCCUGAGGAGUAAAGAUGUGUACGGGUACAGCUCGUGCACCGCAGACACACCUGCCCAAACAAAACAGAGCGACCCGCAGGACUGCACCGCCGCCGCAGAGUCCAUUAAAAAUCCAGCUGGAAGCACCGCAGCCAUGGCAAAGGUGUCUGCUGCACCCACCGGCGCUCCCGUGAACUCCUCAAAAGUCUCCUCUCCCAUCUCCAAAGGGAAUUCCACCAAUCUCCUCCUCAGCUCCUUGAAGCAGACCAGGUCCGGCACGUCCAAAGCCACGACAGUGGGCUUCCCCGCAGGCAUGUAUCCCAACGUGUACCCAGCUGUGAGACUGUCGGUGGUUCUGGAGGCUCUGGUGCCGCUGAAAACUACUGCGUCCUGUUUGGAGUCCAAAUACACGCCUGGGCGUCUCUGGAUCUCACCCUCAGACCUUAAACUCCUCAAGGCUUCGAGUGCGCCGAGGCAGUUUUCUUCAGACAAGACCGCUAAAAUAACAGAAGGUAAGGGGUACAAGCAUUUGGUAAAGAAAGCACAGGAUUCUUCCGCCCUCGCUUUAAGCCUUCUGAAGGGACCAAAGGGUGGAGUGCUGCAGGAGAGCAAUGCUUGCAAAGCAUCGGGGGUCCUCAACGGGAGAGUCACAGGCAGCUCGUCCCAGGGCUCCACCGCAGCACCGCAGUGCAAGACCUUGAAAAUCAAAGAUAAGGAAGCUCUGGUGGGGAAAACAGAGUGGAAGGGCAGCAGCACUUACCAGGAGAGCAUUGGGCAGAAGAGGAAAAGAGCUGCAGAGGCAAGAGAAACUCCUCAGAGAAAGGAAGCCAAUACCAUUCCUGCCCAAAAUAAAUCUCGAUGGGCUCCAAGCACUUUGAACCUACUGAAAUUCCGGGCCAUCAAGGUGGGCAACUCUUCCUCCGAUGAUGAAGUGAGGAGGAGAGCACAGAAGAUUCUUAGGGUCAACCUGUCCCCUGUGAUCCGAAUUCAGCCCUUGUCCCACUCUCACAGCGUCCCCUGA